UUGGACUAAUAAAGUACUCCGUAAUUCACUAAAAAAUUAACAAAAAGCAAAAAAUAAAAUAAAGAAUUUUUCUCACCCGGUCAUCCCCAACCUCAGCCUCCCCUAUAAAAGAAACCUUCAACCCUUCAUGCAAUUCUCGCCCACUCUCCCUUCAUUUAACCUCAUUCAAACUUUCGCAACAAAUUCCCGAUUUUAUCUCCUCCCACAUUUCCUCCCUUUCUUCUGCAACUUUCCCUUAUUCAAACCCUAGCCGUUUUUCUCUCUCCUCCACAACCAACCAGAUCUCUAAUCUGCAGUUUUGCAAUCUGCUCUGCAUGGUUAACUUCUUCAUCGUCUAGAUCUGUUCUUGUUCCUCACAUCAGCUAUCUAUUUGUUGUCAUUAUAUUCUGCAUACUUCUCCUGAAGUCGUUGUGGGUAAAGCACGGCCGUGUGUUUUCGGUGUUCGGGGUUCGUCCACCGCGCUUUCUUUUCUCUCCUGCCUCGUUUGAGGGGGUAGCCGGGGCCAUCGGCCUCGGCGGGUUUUAAAGCCCCCAUCUAUACGACCCUUGGGUUAAAUCAAAGAAAUAAAAAUUCCCCUCUUAUUUAUUUUUUCGCCGCCGAGGAAUAAACCACCCCCUGAUUUUUUCGGGUGUUUUUAGUUUUUUUUUCAUAGUUUUUGUAGGAGAGAGAAAACAGAUCGGAAGGGGAAGAAAAAGAUGCCGGCGUGUAUUCUCGACGCCUCUGCCGCCUCCACCAUCGUUUCUGGUGGUGGUGGUCCUCCUGGCUUCGCUGCUGCCUUUUCCAACAACGUCGAUUAUCUCUCUCUUCCCCUGCCGGAUUUAUUUUCCGGCGUACUUCCUUCGACGAACUCUACCACCAUAACCACAGCCGCCAACGAGUGGUCCCCAUCUCAUUCAUCAUCUCUAUACCGCAUCGACCGAUGGGGGCCACCUUACUUUGCUGUUAACGCCUCUGGGAACAUCACCGUCAAGCCAUUUGGUGAUGCCACGUUGCCUCACCAGGAAAUCGAUUUAUUGAAAGUUGUCAAAAAGGUUUCCGACGAGAAAUCAAACGGUGGAUUGGGUCUUCAGUUCCCACUCAUCGUACGGUUCCCUGACGUCCUCAAACACCGUCUCGAAUCUCUUCAAUGUGCUUUUGAUUUCGCCGUCCAGUCCAACGGGUAUGGGUCUCACUACCAGGGAGUGUACCCUGUGAAAUGCAACCAGGAUCGCUUUAUUGUUGAGGAUAUUGUGAAAUUCGGAUCCGGAUUUCGUUUUGGGCUGGAAGCUGGGUCCAAACCGGAACUCCUACUAGCUAUGAGCUGCCUCUGUAAGGGUCACCCAGAUGCUUUCUUGGUAUGCAAUGGUUUCAAAGAUGCUGAGUACAUUGCUCUAGCAAUUAUCGCAAGGAAGCUUGCCAUUAACACCGUCAUUGUGCUUGAGCAAGAGGAAGAAGUAGAUUUGGUGAUUGAAUUGAGCCGGAUGCUCGGCAUCCGCCCUGUAAUUGGUCUCCGUGCAAAGCUCAGGACGAAGCAUUCAGGUCAUUUCGGGUCGACUUCAGGUGAGAAGGGAAAGUUCGGAUUGACAACCAUUCAGAUUCUCCGGGUUGUGAGGAAGCUUGAUGCAGUUGGGAUGUUAGAUUGUCUCCAGCUCCUGCAUUUCCACAUUGGAUCUCAAAUCCCUUCCACCACCCUUUUAUCAGAUGGUGUUUCUGAGGGUGCACAGGUUUUCUGUGAAUUGGCUCGUCUUGGUGCUUGUAUGCGUGUCAUCGACAUCGGUGGCGGUCUUGGGAUAGAUUAUGACGGGUCUAAAUCAACUGAAUCCGAUAUCUCGGUGGGUUACACAUUGGAUGAGUAUGCUUCUGCUGUUGUUAGAGCUGUUCAGGUUGUUUGUGACCGCAAGGGGAUGCAACACCCUGUUAUUUGCAGUGAGAGUGGCAGGGCUAUUGUUUCGCACCACUCAAUUCUGGUAUUUGAGGCAGUAUCCUCCACUGUUAAGACUGCGCCGGCGCCAAUUUCAUCUCAGGAACUGAAUUAUUUGGUCGAGGGGCUACCUGAGGAAGCUCGUGGAGAUGUUCACAGUUUAUCUGCAUCGGUUACAAAGGGGGAUUUUGAUGCUUGCUUACUGUAUGCUGAUCAGUUGAAGCAACGUUGCAUUGAGCAGUUCAAAGAUGGGUGUUUAGGAAUGGAGCAGCUCGCUGCGGUUGACGGGUUAUGUGAAAUGGUGUCGAGCGCCCUUGGUGUGGGUGAUUCAGUGAGCAUUUUCCAUGUCAACUUGUCAGUUUUUACUUCAAUUCCUGAUUUUUGGGGGAUUGGGCAGUUGUUUCCGGUAACCCCAAUUCAUAAGCUUGAACAAAGGCCUGGGGUUAGGGGGAUUUUGUCUGAUUUAACAUGUGACAGUGAUGGUAAGAUUGAUAAGUUUAUUGGAGGCGAGUCUAGUUUGCCUCUUCAUGAAUUGAGGAGAGAGAAUGGCAAUUGUGGUGGUGGUGAUGGUGGGUAUUAUUUAGGGAUGUUUUUGGGCGGGGCUUAUGAGGAGGCACUUGGGGGAGUCCACAACCUGUUCGGUGGCCCGAGCGUUGUUCGGGUUAUGCAGAGUGAUGGCCCUCACAGCUUCGCGGUGACGCGGGCUGUUCCGGGUCCAUCUAGUGGAGACGUCCUCCGGGUGAUGCAGCACGAGCCCGAGCUCAUGUUUGAGACACUCAAGCACAGGGCUGAGGAAUGCCUCCCUGACAACGAGGAGGACAUUGCCUCCCUUGCAAACGGGCUGGCCCGUUCCUUCAACAAUAUGCCUUACCUUGUGGCUGGUCCCAUAUCUUCAUCCUGUGGCUUCAUCAACAAUAAUAACAAUGUCAAUGGGUACCAUCAUCCUUACUUUUGUGGUGCUGAGGAUAGCUGCAACGGCAAUGCUGUCGAGGUUACUAAUGGCGAGGAUGAGCAGUGGCCUUAUGUCUGUGCUUGAGAAUAAUCCACAUCCCCAAUAAUGCCGGCCAUUUUUAAGGUCGUUUAGUUCGUCGUAGAAGCCGCCAGUUUCUGUUUUUUCAAUUAGAGUUUUCUUUUCUUUUUUUAAAAUUCAAAUUAAGUAAUUUCCAUUAUCAUGACAUAGACAAAGUGUAAGAAUCAGGACUUAUAGAGUAUUACAUUUUGUAGGAUGGAAGGGAAAUGCAAGGUUCCCGGAUUACUGUUUGUAAAAAUUUCGGGGAUCUUUGCGUUCUUCCUUCUAUUAUGUCAUUGUUAUUAGACCUCUUUUGUUCACAACUUAAACCCGAAACUAAUCUUUUUGGUUGAAGUUGAAAAACUUGUGUUCAAUUCUUC